AUGCUAGAAGCGUUCAGAAUGACUUACGGCUAUGUCCCGUUCGAACCGGAAGAACCUAGAGGUAGACGACUCAAUCGAAAUACCGAGCAAAACCGUCACCUUGACCAACGCCCGAGGACAGAGUCCUUAAUACAAGACGAAGAUCCAGCAGAGGAAUUCACCGGGGAUGAACCCGACCAAACAAACCGAGACAAGCGUAAUCUCAAAGAAACUUCCGGUAUAUCCUCGAGACCAGAAGACCGCGCACGCCGAAGCCAAGCAGUGACAACAACUCCUAGGUCCUCCACACCUACGGCUAGAGAAGCUCUGCCUACAAUCAAAUCGAAGAAAAGGAAGGAACUCCCGGCCAAAUCUUUGUCUGGAACUGAAGAGGAAGACUUAUCAGAUCCAGAGAAAGAGAUAGUCUUUGUGGAUGACCAAGAAUUAUCCAACAACAAUCUGUUAAAGCUCUCAAACAGUUUUCAUCAACGAAUGACAAAUCUCACGGCUUUUGUUCCUCUGACGGUGUUUAACGCAGACUGGAUCGAGAGGGAUGUGGAGAAGGCAGGACUAAAGAAAUUGAAGUCAGUUAAAGAGCUCCAAGAAGGCGACGACAUCCCCACAUAUUCAGGUUUAACCCCGAGAGAUGAAUUGCUUUUAACUUGCGCAAUCGUUGUCGACAUAAGGCGCACCACAUCCUGCUGGAUGAUAGCUCUACGUUACUGCAUCAAAGUGCGGAAAUUAGUGAUGCAGAACAGAUUAGGUUGGGACAAGAAACGUCAGAUGAGCAAUGCCGGAAUUUUACACAACGACAUCUUACGCGCUGCAAAAGACAAAGCAGAAGCACUAGGUGAACGUGCCUACCAAGAGAACCCCUACGCCUCAUCAUCCGGAGAGCCAGAGCAGACCUCAUCCCGCGACAGAAACUCAUUUAAGAGAGACCUACCGGGAUUGUUCAACGACAACAAUCAUUGGAAGAGCUCAGGAUCUAGACGUAACAAUAAGAACAAGAACAAUCAUAGUCAGCGAAAUGAGAACAACAUUAAUAACAACAAUAAUGCCAAAAGAAUGCCCUGGUAUAAGGACAACAACAACUGGAGAGACAACAACAAUCAUAACGCUUACCAUAGCAAUCAGCAGCCCCACCGAAGUCAGAACAACAACAACUUCCAGCAAGGUGGAGGUUUCUACGGAGCCAACUUCCCUUCGUACGGAAUGCCGCCUAACGGCUACGGUUUCGGGACCCACCAACCGUCUCCAUACGGAACGGGUACCUACGGCAGCGCCUACACUCCCAGUUAUACCCAUGGUAGCUCGACCCACGCGUCUGAACCCCAAAAUCAGCUUACUGUGGUGAGCAAACCGGGUGGAAACAACCAAGGAGGAGCGUUAGCAAUUGUCAACAGGCAAAGCGGGGGCAAUAAACAGAACUGGUAA